AUGUCGAUGCAAAUUUUUGGUGAACAGGCUACGGAAGAAAAAGCUGAAAAUGCGCGUCUUUCCUCGUUUGUUGGCGCUCUUGCGCUCGGAGAUCUCGUCAAAUCCACUUUAGGUCCCAAAGGCAUGAACAAAAUUCUUCAAUCAGCCUCAACAGGCGACAUCAACGUUACGAAUGACGGCGCUACCAUCCUCAAAGCCAUUCAACUCGACAAUGCCGCUGCCAAAAUUCUCGUCAACAUCUCCAAAGUCCAAGACGAUGAGGUUGGGGAUGGCACGACCAGUGUCUGCGUCCUGGCCGCAGAGCUUUUACGAGAAGCAGAAAAGUUGAUCGCACAGAAGAUCCAUCCACAGACUAUCAUUGAGGGUUACAGAAUUGCGAGCUCCGCCGCGUUGAAGGCAUUGGAGAAAGCGGCUGUUGAUAAUCGGUCGGAUCCAAAAGCAUUCAGAGACGAUCUUACAAAUAUUGCUCGAACGACCCUUUCAUCAAAAGUUCUAUCCCAAGACAAGGCCUACUUCGCCAAGCUCGCAGUGGAUGCCGUACUGCGGCUCAAGGGAUCAACGAAUUUGGAGCAUAUCCAAAUUAUCAAGAAAGUCGGAGGGAAACUCACCGAUUCGUAUCUUGACGAAGGCUUUAUUCUUGACAAGACGAUUGCUGUGAAUUCGCCAAAACGAUUAGAGAACGCCAAAAUCCUUAUUGCCAACACAUCGAUGGACACCGAUAAAAUUAAAAUCUUUGGUGCACGAGUUAAAGUGGACUCCACAGGCAAACUUGCUGAGCUUGAGCGCGCGGAGAAGGUGUCCGGUCUUCGAUACUCUUCCUCUUCACAUCACUUAAUCCACUUCCAGGAAAAAAUGAAGGCCAAGGUCGAUGCAAUUGCCCACCAUGGUGUCAACUGUUUCGUCAACCGUCAACUGAUCUAUAAUUAUCCUGAAUCUCUUCUCGCCGAAAAGGGCAUCACAGUAAUAGAACAUGCCGAUUUCGAGGGCGUUGAACGACUCUCACUAGUAACAGGUGGUGAAAUUGCCUCGACAUUCGAUCGGCCUGACCUGGUUAAGCUGGGACACUGUGACUUGAUUGAGGAAAUUAUUAUUGGUGAAGACAAGCUAAUAAAAUUUUCCGGGGUCGCUGCAGGCGAAGCAUGCACAGUCGUACUUCGGGGUUCAACCUCUCAAAUGGUCGAUGAAGCCGAACGUUCACUACACGAUGCUCUUUCUGUGCUCUCCCAAACUGUCAAGGAAACACGAACUGUCCUUGGAGGCGGAUGUUCCGAGAUGCUCAUGUCUUGUGCCGUCGAUGAAGAAACAAGGUCUAUCAAGGGCAAAAAAGCAAUCGCUGCAGAAGGAUUCAGUACAGCUCUUCGGAAGAUACCUACGAUUCUGUCGGAUAAUGCAGGGUUCGAUUCGUCGGAUCUAGUUGCGAGGUUGAGGGCUGCACAUUAUGAAGGACAGUCGGACGCUGGGCUCGAUAUGAAUGAGGGAGUUGUAUCCUCCAUGAGGAAACUUGGAAUAACAGAGAGUUACAAGCUGAAGCGCCAGGUAGUGCUUAGUGCCAGUGAAGCGGCAGAGAUGAUUAUUCGGGUGGACGACAUCCUCAGAGCGACUCCUCGAAAGCGCGAAGCAGUAUAG